UUUAUUUUAGUGGUUGCGAAACUGUCAAAUCUACAGAGAUGAAUGAAUGAGUAGGCCCGCAUAUUACUAUUUUCGUUUUUCCUGUUUUAUUUACAGUUUACUAUUUGUAUUACAUGUUUAGAUAUAAGUGAAAGAGUGCCUUAUCUAUAUAGUCAAUAUAAUUUUGUGCUGGAGUGAGAUAUAUUUGAGAAAUCAUGGAGGAUAUAUUUCAGUGGUGUCGCGAAGGCAAUGCCUUACAAGUGAGGGUUUGGCUGGAUGAUAUCGAGCAUGAUUUCAACCAAGGUGAUGACCACGACUUCAGCCCGCUCCACUGGGCUUGCAAAGAGGGCCACCAGAAGAUCGUAGAGAUGCUGAUCAAGAGGGGCGCCCGGAUCAAUGUCACUAAUAUGGGUGAUGACACGCCCCUGCAUCUGGCCUCUGCCCAUGGACACCGAGCUAUAGUGCAAUUGCUCCUACAAAACCGCGUGGAUGUGAACUUCACCAAUGCCCACGGCAACUCGCCACUCCACUACGCUUGCUUCUGGGGCUACCAGCCCAUCGCCGAGGACCUGGUGAUGGCCGGGGCCUUGGUGUCUCUGGCUAAUAGGGAUGGAGAUACACCACUGGAUAAAACCAGAGGCCAAAUGGUUCAAAGACUGCACGAGCUAGCGAUCCAACAAGGACAGGAGAUGAAGAAGAUUCAAUUCAAGGACCAAUCUUGGCUAGGAACCCGGACCAGGUCGAGAGAUGCAACUCUUUCGCGUCACAAGGGCAUCAACAUAAGCGAGCUGUCGCUACACACUCGCAUGGCAGUCACACCCUCAGGUGAAACCUGGCGCGGCCGCUGGCAGAAGAACGACAUCGUGGCAAAGAUACUAGCCGUCCGCGAGUGUACGCCUCGCAUACAGCGCGAUUUCAACGAGGAGUUCCCGAAACUCAGGAUAUUCUCGCACCCCAACAUACUGCCCGUGGUCGGAUGCUGCACCUCCCCCCCAUCCCUCGUGGUGAUCUGCCAGUACAUGUCGUGGGGCUCGCUGUACGCGCUGCUGCACGGCGCGGGCCGCGUGGUGGUGGACGCGGCGGCGGCGCUGCGGCUCGCGCACGACGUGGCGAAGGGGAUGGCGUAUCUGCACUCGCUGCAGAAGGACAAGGACCACCAGCUGCCGUUGUACCAGCUUAAUAGUCGGCAUGUUAUGAUCGACGAGGACAUGACGGCGCGCAUCAACAUGGCGGACUCGAAGUUCUCGUUCCAGGAGCGCGGGCGCUGCUACCAGCCCGCGUGGCUCGCGCCCGAGGCGCUGCAGCGGCCCCGCGCCAAGCGCAACGCCGAGGCCUGCGACAUGUGGAGCUUCGCCGUGCUGCUGUGGGAGCUGGCCACCAGAGAGGUUCCCUUCGCGGACUUAUCGCCGAUGGAGUGCGGCAUGAAGAUCGCCCUCGAGGGGCUCCGCGUGGCCAUCCCCCCCGGCGUGUCCCCCCACAUCGCCAAACUCAUCCGCAUCUGCAUGAACGAGGAUAUCGGCAAGCGGCCCUCCUUCAACAUGAUACUGCCGAUUCUUGAGAAAAUGAACAAGUAAAAAAACCCAAACCACAAAUUUUUAUAACCCAGCUUUAACUGUCCCCUUCCCCAAAACACAGUCCCGUACACUCAUUUUUAAUUUUCAUAAGCAUGGUAUUACUGGGAACUAGUUUGUCUAAUUAGGUUAUUUGGGGAAGUGUGACUGUUAUUUGUCUGUUGUAUCUUCUAUCCAACAGAUUUUUUUGAGAUGCGGAAACCCAACCAUUUUUUUUUAAAUAUUUCUAUGCAUUCUGCACGAACGAAGAUAUCGGCAAGCGGCCCUCCUUGAACAUGAUACUUUCUUCUAUUCUUGAGAAAAUGAGCAAGUAAAAA